AUGAGCUCUCGUGUUGAAAGCAGCGCCUACUCCAAAUAUUAUGGUUCGGCUCCAACAGGUCUAGUUGUAAUGGCCCCCGAUGGCCAGGAACAGCUUGUUAUGUCCGACCAAGAGAUCUGCGACGACAUCGUCGCUACAGUGACUAAACUCAAUGCAGCUGUUACGCGAGACACGUACGGUCGUCGCUGGAAGCAACGGAAUCGUCGUCACGGUGUCGAUCUAUUUGAACUAUCUGAAGCAUCCGGCAAAGAUGCUGUAGACGAAGAUCGCGACGUUGCGUACGCAGUGAUCGCCAAGACGGAACUGCGGUGCCAUUUAAACGAAGUUCUUAAUAUCUUGAUCACACAUGAUUCCAAUGCGUACGAAUGCACCAUGAAAGCGUUGGCCGGCAAAAAAUUCAAGAAAGGAGACGUUCUCUUCAGCCAGCGACGACUGUUGUCAUCAAACCUGCGUCGCCAAUCGGUAGUGGCGCCACGCAUGGAUAUGAGAGAAGAGGGUCCAGAGCAAGCGUUGAUCGGCGUUAAUGUUUCGACGUUGCAUCCACGAAUGGUAGUGGAUCUAGGAGGCAACAAGAAGACACAGAAGUUGUGCUUUUCCACAUUCACGCAGCAAUAUCUACGCGAUGACCGCGCUGUGCACAUCAUGAAAACUCUACCAAAAGAGCUGCAUGAUCAGUUGGUCCCAACAUCCGACCGCACAGCCCUGCGGAACGAGCUCGACCACAUUUGUGUUGGGUUCCACAUCCAGAGCACGCAUAACGACCAGGUCUUUGCUGGUAGCAACACGCACAUCACACGGAUCUUUGCUCACGGAUACGCGUCGCCCGUCCCACCGCCACAAUUCGGUGAGACCAUCAACAGAUCAAACUUGACGUCGUCAGAAAGCUCGAUGUCUGGCAUCGUGUCAUGGAGCUCUACUGAACCUACUCGCUGUCGUGAAAGUAUUAUGAACCCGGAAGCUAAGCACGUUUUGAACGUGCUAACCAAGUCCCUGUGUCAAUUUGAACGAGUCGUGCGCCGUCGUCGCUUUGGUUUCCAAACGUUCAUUUACUUUCCAACAGGCUACGACGAUCCAUCUUUAGAAAAGGCUUGCUCAAUCUGCUCCAAGCGCUUCCACUUCUUUCGUCGCGAUUUCUUCUGUCAAUUGUGUGGUCACAUGGUGUGUGGAGUUUGUUCGAAACUUUACGAGGUGGAAGCUUCUAUUGGAGAACUACGUCGCAACAGAUGCUGCCUUCAGUGUGUCUAUCGUGUAGACUCUUGUGUCUUUGAUGACGAAGACUUACUGGGAGCAUUAGGUCCUGCUGUCGUUGGAGUUGAUGAUUCACUCUGGUACAAUGACGACAAAUACCACUUGGAUGCAAUGGAUAAGGACGGCGACACCGCCUCGAUGCCUUCCGAAUCGAGUUCUGUCGAGGAAAUCACAGAUCAGCUGUACUCAGACGACCCGAAUCAAAACUCGCGUGCUUUAGACUUCCUUGGGCAACUUGUCAGUUCCGUGGCUACUACGUACGAGCACGAAUCGACUAGUCCAGACACCACCAAAUGUGCCAAGCCUUGCAUAAAAUCCAAAGACCGAAAAAAUGCCACGAAAGCCCAGCAGGUAAAGGGAGACGUGGAGAAAUACCUGAGUCAAAGUCUGCGUACCACGAAGGAACGCUACAGCAGACCGCAUCAGUGCACAGUUGCAAGCAUUGAAGAGCACGACUAUGUGUUCAAGUUUGACGCCAAGAAGACCAAAGCUGAACACCACCCAAUGCCUCCGACGCCAGCACCAAAGAAAGAAGCACGUCGCCUUGAAGCUAUUGAACAAAUGGGAGUAUUGAAGCCAGAAUACGACCGCGUUGCCCUCGACUUAAUUGCUCAAAUUGCUGCAAAGCGUCUGAGUUGCCCGAUUGGCUUCGUGUCGGUAGUAGACAGUGACAACUUUCGUGCCGUCGGUACGUACAAUUUUCCAGAAAAAGCGUUUACGCUGCCGCGUACCAACAAUGUUUGCAUUCACGCCGUGUACGCUGAAAAGCCGCUAGUCCUAAAGAACCCCAUGCGUGAUAUGCGUUUCUCUCAGAUGCCAUGCAUUAAGGGUCUCGGCGUCAAAUUUUAUGUUGGAUUCCCCGUUCACGGACUUGACGGUGAAGUGGUCGCGUCUCUCUGUGCUGUAGACGUUGUAGCACACAACAACAUUUCGACAAAAGACUACGCUACAAUGGAAGCACUCGCAAAAUUGGCAUCGGAUCUAGUGAUGCCAAAGAAUCCUGCAAUCAACUAA